ACAUGCCCUUCCCUCUUUGAUUUUUGGGGGGACUUUUUAAGAAGCGGAAGGCGAAUUUGUUUGAGCACACGUUGUCAGGAUGAGCUGAUGUGAGCGCUGCAUCAAGUGCGCGGUGGUGAUGCUCCCGUAUAAAACAGCCCGCCGUAUUUUGGCACAGAGGAGGAUGCAUCACUUUAACCCUCGGCUCUGCCCUCCGGACUCGCCCAUACAGUGCUCAGCUUAGAUAAGUUGAGAGGGGAUGUGUGAUGCCAUUGCAAGGAAUCCUACCACUCGAUAUUCCCGAGGAUCUCUCUCGGUUCGUUUUUUCCUUCAACUUCGAUGGCUUGAGUGGUCCAUUUGCGCUCAUGCUUGCAGCCGAGGAGGGAUGUAAGGUACGGGCAUCUACCGCCCUCACAUUGCACGGAGUAGCGGCGUGAUUCAGGUCGCUAUCUGAGUGCCAGAAAGCAAAAAACUACUUUCGAGAUGUGAAUUAUCGAGAUUUGCCACUCAUUCCACCGGCUCGCCUGUCCUAUGCUAUCGACAACGGGAUUUCAAGAGGAAAAUGAUUGUGGCAUAAACUAUUUCUGGAGACGCCUGUCACAGAUAUCGCCGCUGAACUGGAUAGGGUGGAUGGUUAUUUCCCAAACAGUUCAAGCCUAUGUAUACUGCAUUCAUUUGUUGGAAACGCUGCCUAGUAUCUUCGAGAACAGCGCAAGAGGAAUGCUGUGCCAAGAUCUAAUGCCAUUUACUUUAAGUUUUUGGCCUUUUUUCUUCGGUCAUUGCCUUCUCUCACUGUUGUUACUCUCGUGCCAGGGAGAGCUCCAGAGGUCAUGCUCACGGACUGUGGCGGAGAAAGUUAGUGAACAGUGCCAGCUGGCAUGCCACUGUAGAAGAUACCCUCCACUUCCACCGCCGCCGCCUCCACCGCCGCCCCCGCGGCUACUGGGCACCACAGUGGAAAAGCCCAAGGUGCAAUUGUGGAGGCCGUGGUGGAUGGAGAUGGACAUCGUAGUUCUCGGAACGGUGGGCUGUGCCUCACUUAUCUUCCUCCUCUCAGCUAUCAUCAUCUGCUACAAAGCUAUCAAGAGGAAACCACUCCGAAAAGAAGAGAACGGGACAAGUCGUGGGGAGUAUGCCAUGAGCAUCCGUAACAAGAAGGCCAUGGGUACAAACAACACUGUGGUAUAGACUGUCCUGGUAAACAUGAAGUGACAUCACCAUUGUCGCUCACCUUAUCCUGACUACAACAGUUCCCUCUCACCUUGAAUGAAUGCGAGUGGGUUUCACCCCAGGUUUUCAGAUUGGUAAAACUUCCCUCUUUGCCUGGCACGUUGCCCGGACUGAAGACACCAUUCACCUCGAGAAAAGCUAAAAAGAUCGACGGGGGGAAAAAAAAAUCAAGACAGAAAGGACACAGAGAAAGAUCCACAACCCCCCAUGGUGUCGAAAGUGGCACAGCAAGCUGAACAUUAUGCUCUUAGUAACAGCAAGUGUUGCUGACAGGCUGGUUGGCUGCCGGCUGGAGAGGGACUGUCUGCCAGUCUGCUGCAGAUCCAGACCUCACGCACUGUUGACAUCUGCAAUGGAACAACAGACAAUACAGCAGCCCUGCAGUCCCACGGGCAGCCAGACAAGACAGCCCAUCACAGACAACAAAUAACAUGCAUGCAGUUUUUACAGAGAAUGCAACAUUUUUUUAUAUUCCAACCCUCGCACUGUCCAUUUUUUUUCCCUCCAUUUUUGAGACAGAUGCUUUGUGAGAAACACGAUGUUGCUGCCGGUCCUGGCUCUGAGAUGUGGAUUCCUCUGACUAUGCAAUUUAAAGAAAUCCAUAUAAACAAAGGAGGAGCAGAAACAUCAACAUGGGACAUUCUGGUUAUUUCGCCAUGCCAAAACAGGCUACAGAAGGCUCAAUGUAACAUAUAUAUAUAUAUAUAUAUAUAUUUCAGUCAUCCGUGUAUUUAUUUCCUCUAUUUAUUUACUUGUCUAUCUUUGAAUUUAUUUUUCUACUUAAAAGGGAAAAACAACAGUCUUGUAAGUUACUCACAUCUUUUCAAAUCUUGAACAUCUUGACAAAUUCAUCUUAUUUCUUGAGAGCUCUGUUUUCUAAGUGAAUAAUUUAUAGAUCAUAUAAUUCAUUUGUGAUGCACCAAUGCUUUAAGCCGGCUGUCGGUUUGUUGAGACACUGAUGCAGAAAACGCGCUUGCUCUGCAAAGAGUUUUGGUAUCAGUUGUUUUGUCUCUGGGUGUUUGAUAUCCUCUUCUGUUUCCCUGAGACUUCAGCUAAAAAAGUCAGGGGCCUCCAUAAUGUCCUAUGUGAUCUUUGUGAAUGUGUGUUACCCGAACAAUACUCCUGUCCUGCAUCACACGCCAGUCCCGACUUUCCAAUUUGUUCGCUCAGUGCAAGCACCUCUACAAGUUAAACCUGCUCUCCAUGUCGUCCAGUUAAAUCUUGUUGUCCAAUGUCCCGUGGUCAGCUGGAUGCCUUCCGCCGUGUUUUGUCUGGACGUGACAAUCUUCAUUUUUCUAUCUGUCAAGAAGGGCUUAGCCCAUCACUAUAGAAACAGGGGACAUGAGCCCAGAGCUGACCUUGUGACUGGCGAGAGACAGGAGACUUAGCCAAUAGCCAGAGAUCAGGUUGCACAGAGGAUGGCCUCAUCAAGGAUGUGUGUGACUCAGUGCUGUCACAGGCAUCCUUCUCAUCCCUGCUGGAAAAACACAACUGAGCUGAACUGGAGCAUCACUCAACGCUGCUCUGUUUUCUUUUCAUUGUUUUCUUUAAUACUCUAAAUCUGCGUGUGUCUGUGCGGGCAUGCAUGUGCGCGUGUAUGAGUGUGUGUGUGUGUGUCUGUCUGUCUGUGAGCGUGCAUGCAGAUGAGUGUACUCAGUGAGAGUGGGCUGUACUCUGUGGCUGUCAGUUAAGUAUAGAUAUUGGCUAAACUGUGGAAAAUAGAGGGGGAUUUAAAAAAAAAACACAUACUUGCAUUUAAAAAUGCACAGGUAUUAGCUAACAGUAAACCCCACCAUGUACCUAUAUGAGAGAAAUGAUGGAUGCAUGAAUGUAAAUAUUGAUAUUUAAAUAUCUGCCUUCUGGACUGUUAAUUCAUGUACAGUGUAACAGAACAUAUGUUUAUACAUAGUAAAAGUUUAAAAAAAAUGUGCUACCACUUAGAAUUAUGUCAGUGUUGUCAUGUUGAUGGAGCAAGCCAUUAAUGUAUAUAUGGCAAUCAAUAGAGCAUACACAAUUUAUGCAUUAUACCAAACAGAUAACGAAAUGUGCAUAAGUUGAUUUCAUUGCUGAGUUUUUCAGUUGUAAAUAAAACUGUACAUAACAACUGA